GUUCCUUAAAAUACCCCUCUGCAGACCGCACAUCUUAUCGCACUGCUUCUUUAUCUGAGAAUGUCACGAAGCACCGCCGCCCUCCCUGCGGGGUGCAUCCAUUACCGCUCCCUCGGUGUGGCGGCCAUCGCCAUCGCGGGCCUGCCCACCGCGUGGAACAUCGUCGCACGCAACGAGUACCAUCGCCACACCAUCGAGAAGCUCGUUCGCGACAAACGGCGCGGUGCCUACCUGCUGGCUGUGGCCAUCUUCCUUGGCAGCAGCCUGCGUGACUGGGCCUUCCACACCGCCAUGACGAACACACCCAGCUCGGUGCUGCCGCUUCUCUCCGCGGAGGUGUUUGGCGCAGAAAACGCUGUGGCGGUGCGGAAAGCGAUGCGGUGCGUUGGCGGUGCGAUGAUGGCGGCAGGUGUGACGCUGGUCGUCUCUUCGUUUGCGCGGCUCGGGGUCACCGGCACGUAUUUGGGAGACUACUUCGGCAUGUUGAUGACGGAGCGCGUGACGGCUUUCCCGUUCAGUCACUUUGAGAAUCCGAUGUACCUCGGUGCCACGCUGAACUUUCUGGCCGCCGCGAUCGCGGAGAACAACGCGGUGGGGGCGCUGCUGACCGGCUGGGUGGCUUUGGUCUACCACGUGUCGACCACGUACUUUGAAAACCCCUUCACAUCGAUGAUCUACAGCAAACGGGCGGCGGAGCAGGAGGCAGCGAAGGCAGCGGCGACCAGGGCGUGA